AUGGAUAGGAAGCGGCCCCAAGCUUAUGAUAGGCUAUCCAAAGGCUAUGAGAAUCAUGCGGUCAAUAAACUUCAAUCAAAUAGAGUUUUGCAGAAUAAUUCACCAGAUAUAGGACAUACGAAUAACAACAGACGAUCUUUAUACCAGGAAAAGGAAAGAAAGAAUAUUAAGAAAUCAUUGAAAAUUUUAUUAGCAUUAGAGGAGAGUGUUGAUAGUUCUACCAAGUUGAAUCAGUUCCAGAAAGCGCAAAUGAACAAUAUGUUAUUAUCAGUCCAAAGUUUGGUUCAGUCUUUAUCUAUACAAUACUCUGAUGUGGAAAUACCUGAUCAUGCAUACCGAAAAUUAACUACGUUAGUUGAAAGCGUCGAAAAUCUAAUUUACAGUAUCAUAGAUGAUAAUAACACGGACCAAACCAAAAUUGGGAUUUUCGAAGAUAGAAUCACAAAUUUAUCACCGUCAAUAUCAAGUAGAUCGAUAGGAGGAAAUUACGAAGAUGAGUUGAUAGAACGAACUAACAAUUUCCAUAUUAACGGGUCAUAUAGUAGUGCUUAUUACGACAAUGAUAUGCUGAAGAAAAGUGAUGAUGAAGACAGCGAAUUUGAUGAUGAAGAAGUUAGCCAUCUUAAUGAUCGAUUCUCUAAUGAUCCGGCAGACAGAUAUAGAGAAUCGUAUAGAACGCCCUCCGGUAUACAUAAUGGAAUUAGACCCCCCAGAUCAUCACAAGUCAAUGGUACUGUUAAUCCAACGUCUUCAUUCAUAACCCCUACAAGAUCAACGAUGCAAAAUAAUUCUAAAGGGCGUAUUGAGCAUGGAUCACUCAACCCCGGUCAAUAUGAAAGCAUAUAUAGAAGGUCUCAUACUCCAUUCAACCGUGGAGGAUUCAAUGGUAGAAUGAAGGAUCCAAGUUUGUAUGACGGUAAAAAACUGCUGAUAUCUCAGGACGUGACUGGUUCUUUCAACUAA